CGACCAAUCUGUCUGUGCACUACAACGGGAGCGAUGCCCAGGUCAUGUGGUCCGCAACAACGAGGCUCUGGCCGGUACUCUGCAUCGGCGGUGACGGAGCAGGGCCUGGCCGUCUCCUGCAACUCCACCAGCACUCAGUGCUCCCUGAGAGGCCUGCAGUGCAGCCAGACCUACAACAUCACGGUGGAGACCAGAAACCUGGCCUGCAACAACACUGUGAGCUCAGCGCCCCAUCGCCUCAUUACAGCACCCUGCCCACCCACAAACAUCCGUGCCAACAUGUCAUGCGAACAGCUCAGUGCGACCGUGUCCUGGCAGCAGAGCGACCUCGCUGUGGGUUACGUCGCCUACUUGGACGACCAAAAUGGCCACGCCGCCUCCUGCGUGAGCACAAGCGCAGACAGCUACUGCAGCGUGCUCGGGCUGAUGUGUGGAACCGCCUACAGAGUUUGGGUCAAAGCUUUGGGACAGCAGUACAACAGCUCAGACAGCGCAGCGGUCUAUCUUACAUCGGCUCCAUGUCUGCCCGGUGACGUUGCAGCAGAGGUAAGCUGCGAGUCUGACAGCAAUGCCACCGUGUCCUGGAGUACUCCUUUACCACUGAUGUCCAUCAGUAAACCAUCAAACAUCUCAGUCACAGCCAUUGUGGGAGGAAGCCUUCACACUCUGUGCACCACUCAGCACAGCUUCUGUAAUGUGACGGGUUUAAGCUGUGGACAGACCUACAACCUCAGCCUCACCGCCACCAACGAGCAAUGCAGCCUCACCGCUCACACGCCCGUCAGCAUCACCACCCGUGAGUUUUAA